AUGCACCCCAAUUGCAGUAGCACUCCACCCCAAGUCGACAUUCUUGUCACGGACCCCUUGUCGUCCUCUUCUUCUGCCACUAGCACUGGUCUGUCCUCGUGGCCAGAGCUCAAACAACUCAAUGCCGCCGUGACCGUCACGCCACUGGAUAACGAUGCCCAACUGCGCAACCGCAAGCGCCAGCGGCCGUCCACUCAGUCGUCACCCGCUUCGCCAUUCUCGACAUCGAGCGACCUCAAGCUCGACUUUGCAGGCUUCGAAGUAGGCAACAACACCAUCAUGUCCUCCACCUCAACGUCUUCUACCAUGACGUACCCUGCUGCAUCGAAUGGCUAUUUAGCUGAUGACGUGCUGACAUUCCUCAAGAGUCUGCAGCUCGUGCAGGACUCGACGGCUUUGACGCUGGCAGCACAGCAGCUCGCGCAGGACGGAUUCGACUCGGUGCUUUCUCUGGCUUUCGUGGCUGUGAGUGAGCUGCAGCGUGCUAAUAUCGCCGAUGCCCAGCUCGUGUGGCAACAGGCGCGUCGCAGUUUUCAAGCUCGACGGUUCCAGGGACCUAACGUGCUGUCAUCGUCCUACACGGUGUCUCGAUGGCUGGAGAUGUGCGGAAUCCCCAAGGAAAUCAGCUUCGAGUAUGCCGAGUAUUUGCGUCGUCUUGGUUAUUCGGCCGUACGGGACCUCGAGUUCAUCCUGCACGAUCAGCGUGCCCUCGCUGUCUUCAAGACUGGCCACAACCGUCUCAUUACGCACUGCGUUACUGCAGCCGUCCACUACCAGCAUCAACAGCAGCAACUACAGCUGCCAGUCGUCAACUACACGUACGGGUCACAGGGCCCUCACGUGUACGCUGCUGGAUCUUCAAGUGCACUGCUACAGCCGCUGAACAUCCAACACGAGAACGAAUUCGACGUGCAGGCCUAUGACAGCUUCUUGGAAGCGUUGAUCGAGCCGACGGAUGCUGAAACGAUGCAGCAACAGCGCUACUGUGCAUCGGGUGAUCUGGCACUCGGCCGCGAAAAUGACGCGACUUGUGCCAACCUGAUGGGCACGACAGACGUGUUCGAUCAUCGUGUGAGCUUUGCGUCGUCAGAUGCGUCCAACAUGCCGCUGCGUUUGCUCCCGCAAGAUCAUCUGCAGCUGCUGUAUGAAGCGGUAAACCUGCCGCGUCCUAACCCGUGUCGCCGUGGCAAGAAGAUUUACUGGUCGGUGCUCGCCACGGGUGGAAUGAAGGAAGAUCGAUUCGUCCCACUGGCUCAGUUCACGGCUGCCGAGUUGCAGAAUGCAUACCUUCGCCAGUUUGAAAUGCCAGCUAGUAGCCCGAUCAAAAUGGACGCUUGGAGUGAUGACAAUAUUCGACAGCUCGAGCAUGCCGUGAAGGACCCUCGUUGUCGCCACUUGUCGAAAGUGUGCUGGGAAAUGCUGGCCACUGGACGCACAGGCGUGAACGAGUACACGCCUUUGUCUAAGUUCACUGCGUCGCAGUUGCGAUCGCGCUUUCGCUCCUUGUUUGGUGACAAGCGUCCGCAGAAGCUACGCCAGAGGAAGCAACUGCUUAAGCUCCAGCAACAGCAACAGAAGGAGCAGCAGCAGGCGAAUACUACUGCACUCAAGAGCGAACGAGUGGUGUAA